ACUUGUAUAACGACGGUCGUCAACGGACUCUAUUCAAGUCGUAAAUACGCACGACUUGUUUAUCAAUCAGUUGCAGCGUUCUUAGCGAGCAUGGCAACGUUUGACACGAAGAAGAAGGAUUUUGAUCUGGUGAUUGUUUUCGAAGCUUUUCAACAAUGCCGACAGAGCGACGACACGCUGGUGUUGAGGGAGUACCUGACGGCGUUCACCGAGCUAUGCAGAUUUUUCAAGCUCAACGGUACAUUGUUUGGUUUUGUUGCGAUGGACUUAGAAGACAAAAUCAGAAUUCUAAACGAGCAUCUGACAGCUGACGAGAUACACUACACUUCAGUCCAGUCCAUGCUGCAGUACGAGGUCGACCAUGACUUUACAAAGGUAAAAAAGGGCAAUCUGAAGUCAGGGUCAAGGACGUUGCUAAGGUUACAUCGAGCUUUGGAAUUUAUCCUUGCUUUCAUGUCUCGUCUUAGGACCGGAGACGAGAACGAGAAGUCUUCUGCGAUAGCUUCUGAAGUCUACAACCAGACUUUGUCCCGAUUCCACCCGUGGGUUGUCCAGAAAAUGGCCGGAUUGGCAAUGUACAUGCUACCAUCGAAAAAGGACUUGAUUGAUGUCAUGUGCAAACAAGACUAUGAAUCCGUUAUGCGCACGCUCGGAGAAGUGGUGACUUCCGGUCAGCCUCUUUAUGACAUCACGCAGAGACUGUACGAAGACAAAGAUCUCCUGGAGCUGCCAUAGUCUCUUCACGGAAGAGUUUUAACCAGUGCCAUUUUAUAUUUCUGUUUUGGUUGGAACCGAACCGUGGCCGGUGUUCUUAAUGGUAUUACGAGACUUUGUAGCUCAAAAACAUCCACUCAAAGCAAGGCCAGACCCUCCAUUGUCUCAACAGUUUUGUUUGAAACAGCGCCAUAAUACGUGACGGGUUUUGUCGGAACUGGGCCAUUGACGGUAGUUCCUUGUAUUUACAACUAAGAUACAAAGUUUAUCUUUUCAUUUUGGAAUUCGAAAUUGUAAAUUGCGACUGAAUUUGGUUACAAUAUCGCCUGUGCGACGAUAAAUGUCGACCCACUCACUCACAUGAACCGGAAAAGACGAAGUUUGCCGUAUGGCUAAUUGUCACCACUCGCCCACCACUGGCCCACUCGUCAGCACUCGCCUCUUUCCGUAACCUCCAAGAAAUUUUGGCUUGUCCCGGAAUAACACGAGUGGGUCACAAAUACUGUUUUCCGUAACUACUUGGCCUUUCGUCACCUCUCGGCUCAAUCCCGGACAAACGAAUUGGGUUUUGUUUCAAUCUCGGGAUGCAUGGACAUUGCCAUGAAUCGGGAACAAAACUUCUACUUUAAGUAGCACAGACAUACCCAAACAGGCCUUCUGGUGAAAAUUAGUUCGGAACAACUUUUAUGACUAUAACUCAGGUAUUUUAUUGGAUGAAAUGUAUAUGUUUUACAAACAUUUAAAAGAAGGGAUUCUUUUGUCGAAAUACAUUUUUCAAAUGAGAUUGUUUUUCCCUUUUCCCAAGUGACCAUUUUCGUUGUCAUUUCUCGAUCGUUUCUUUGGAUACUUCCUCGAGGUUUUGCCGGAAUGACACGAACGGUCACGACAGGUCACGAUUGGUUAGUGUGUACUCGCUAGCAGUACGAUGUGUGUAUUGGCGGGUAUAUAUCCUGAAAUGCCACGCGUUAGUUGCUGUGGUAUACAACCUCCAUAGAAUCCUAUGUCCCGGUUAACUCAGAAUAGUGUGAUCACCAAAGUGAACUGCCGGGGAAUAAGAUAUUAUUUAAAGGUUAAAGAUUUCCCAAAAAUAUACACGAAGCAAAUGUCACAGUUUGACAUUUUGUAUUAAUUACAAUGUCUUGAAGUUGGCAGCUCAUGUGAACCUGACAUCUGAGAGGCACGGCUUCAAGUGAUAUCUGCAGCAAAACCUAGGUUGUUGUCAAUAUCUUAACGUCACCUACCUCUUUCCUCUCAUCACUUCAUAUUGCCAAACAAUAUGCAAGAUUAUAGUGAUUUGAUGAUAGUAUUCCAUAUAUAUAUAUACAUAUGAUACUCAUAAGGACCACUCAUUGUAGUUCGUUAUAUCUGUAUUGUGUUAAACGCAUUUCGGCUAAAAUAUGUAACCAAAAACAGUUCGUUAUAUCCAUCAGUUCGAUAUAUCCGUCUGUUCGUCAUAUCCGUCAGUUCGUUAUAUCCGUCAGUUCGUUAUAAGCGUGUUAGCUAUUUUACUGUAUUUAUAACCAACAACCGUGGCCCUGGGGGGGGCACAUUGUGGCAGAGUUGUGUCCCUUUGUCGACAGGAUCUGCUGGUCGUUGGUUGUAAUCCAAGUGCCGUCCUAUAUGAUAUUUGUUUUGUAAAAUUGUGAUAUAUAUGUUACUCAGGGGCGCCUGCCAAUAUUACUCCGACACGCCGUGACGAUACCGUGUUUGUCACUCACUGUUCAUCACGAAUUUACAAGUCCCGUUUAACCGAGAAACACGACCAAUCAUAAUGUAUUUUUUCUUGUUGCUCGUGAGAAUCCGUUUGUUUUAUCACUAGACAUGAUUAUUUUAUGAAUAAAUAUUUUUUAAAUUCUUA